AUGGCUCAGAAAUCAUUGGCAAUCUCCAUUCUGUUGCUUAGGAUCCUCUCCUUGGCUCUCCUCUUCGUUUCACUCGUUAUACUCGUCACCGUUACAGUUAAGGAUGCUGAUCCUGAUACAGGGGGGAACCUCACGUUCAAAUAUUUCUAUACCUACAGGUAUGUUCUUUCUGUGGAUGCCAUUGGAGGCGCUUACAUGCUUGUUCAAAUACUCUUCUCGGUGAUUAGUCUCAUCACGGGGGACUAUUUCGGUAGCAAGUUGCAUAUAUGGCUUCAUCAGUUCUUUGAUCUGGUCUUUGCUUUAUUUUUUGCAAGUGGAGUUGGUGCAGGAUUUUGGCUUACUUAUGAUGUGAAGAAACAACUCGGUUCAGCUGUUGCGCUUGUUCCUGGUCUUAAUAAAUACUUCAACUUGGUUUAUGUUUCAAGUGGAUUUCUUCUCGCUGCUACUCUAAGCACCGGUGCUCCAAACAGGCUUUUUGUACUCGUUACUGAUACAGUUAAGAAUCCUGGUCCUGAUUCGGAUGAGAAGCUUACGUUCAGAGCAUUCUAUGGCUACAGAUGUCUUGUAUCUUUGACGUCUUGCACGAUCCUCAACGUUCUCAACGGAGGCUAUGAGACUGCACACAGCCUCACCUUCUCGAGCGGAACUAGCUUGGUCAGCAUAUCGACUGGAUUGUACCUUGUAUCAAUCUUCACAAUCUUGAACUCGUUCCUGCUUUGUCAUCUUCAUAUGGCAUGGUGCUUCACGUCAACAUGCUUAAUUCGAGCAUGGAAUGCGUCAUUCUCUAACAAGUGA